CCAAAGGUUACUGUAACUUGUAAGCUCAACUCCAUAGCCAAUUUCUCUUUUUCUUUUCCCUCCCUUUUUUUUUCUGGGCAGUAGGAAUCAUACGUUUCUCCAGAAUUUUGAUUACGCCAUGGGGAAGAGAAGCAGAACUAGGGUUCCAGAGGAACACGUCGAGAGCGAAGAAGAAGCUGAAAUGGAGGAAGAUCGAGAAUUUGUCGACGGAUCUUCUUCCUCAAACGGAAAAAGCUUGUAUGAGAUCCUUGGGGUGGAGAAAACUGUAUCUCAGCCUGAGAUAAAGAAAGCUUACUACAAGUUGGCUUUGCGUUUGCAUCCUGAUAAAAAUCCCGGGGACGAGGAAGCUAAGGAAAAAUUUCAGCAGCUACAAAAGGUUAUAUCUAUUCUUGGCGAUGAGGAGAAACGAGCAGUAUAUGAUCAGACGGGAUGUGUUGAUGAUGCUGAUCUAGCAGGAGAUGUCAUCCAGAACUUGUGCACAUUUUUCCGGGCCAUGUAUAAAAAGGUCACAGAAGCUGAUAUUGAAGAGUUUGAGGCAAAUUACAGAGGCUCUGAUUCAGAGAGAAAAGAUUUGAUUGAGCUGUACAUUAAAUUGAAGGGCAACAUGGAGAAGCUUUUCUGUUGCAUGAUUUGCUCUGAUACAAUGCUAGAUUCCCACCGCUUCAAGGAUAUGAUUGAUGAGGCCAUUUCUGAAGGUAAGUUGAAGUCAACCAAAGCAUAUGAGAAAUGGGCCAAGAAAGUGUCCAAAACGAAGCCUCCUACAAGCCCAUUGAGACAGAGAAAGAAAUCACAAAAAAAUUCAAAAGACUUGUAUGCAAUAAUAGCUCAAAGGCAAAACGAGAGGAAAGGAAAGAUUGACACAAUGUUCUCCACUCUUGUUCAUAAAUACGGUGGAUGUGAAUCUGCUCCAGAGCCGAGCGAAGAAGAAUUCGAAGUUGCUCGUAAAAAACUUGAAAGCCGAAGAGCUUCCAAACAGAAGUAACCCACCCAUCAUAUUGUGGUCCUUUUCACUUUCUUACUCUGCUUUCUUUAAGAACCCGAAUCAUCUGCUUUUCGGACCAUGUAUUUAAUGGUUGCUGAAACAUCUUUGUUUGUGAAUUUGAAUAUUUGAUCAGAAUUGUUGUGAAAAUGGUUGCUGUGAAAUGUUUAGUGUUAGUUUGUACUUAAAA